AUGUAUAUGGGUGAUAGAAAAUCACGACAAGCUACUAAUGCUGUAGCUCUAGAAAUAGUGACUAAAGGGUGGACAACUCCAUCUUUACGUGAUGAAAUAUAUAUACAGUUAACACGACAAACCACAGAAAAUACUAAAAUUGAUAGUCUACAAAGAGGAUGGGAAUUACUUGGUGUUUGUUUAUAUUUCUUCCCUCCAACUUUAAGAUUUUACUCUUACUUAGAUGGCUUCAUUUCGAGACAUUUAGAUUAUUCUUGUGAUAUUCCUGGAUUACAAGUACCAAUUAGUCAUUUUGCCUCAUUGUGUCAGAGGAGGUUAAACAGAGCUCUUCAAACUGGAGCUAAAAAAGGUGUCAGGAAGCCAUCUUUAGAUGAAGUUGAACAGGCUAAGAAAUCCAUUUUCCAUCCAUCUAUGUUUGGAAGUUGUUUAGAGGAUGUGAUGUUAAUGCAGAAAGAGAGGUAUCCAGAUAGACAGUUACCAUGGAUACAAACUAUUCUCUCAGAAGAAGUUCUCAGACUAAAUGGUGCUAAAACUGAGGGAAUAUUUAGGGUGCCUGGGGAUAUUGACGAAGUUAAUGCCUUAAAGAUUCGAUGUGAUCAAUGGGUCAUACCGUCUGAUUGCCCUGAUCCACAUAUACCAGCAUCUUUAUUAAAAUUAUGGUAUCGUGAACUAUAUCAACCACUGAUACCAGCUGAGUUUUACCAAGAAUGUAUUGAUAAUUUCUCUGAACCAGAAGUGGCUAUGAGUAUUGUUAAUCGCCUUCCAGAAAUCAACCGACUAGUAUUGUGCUAUUUAUUACGGUUUUUGCAGGUUUUUGCUGCUGUUGAAAAUGCAUCUGUUACAAAAAUGGAUGUAAAUAAUUUAGCCAUGGUGAUGGCUCCAAAUUGUCUACGCUGUGAAAGUGAAGAUCCCAAAAUUAUUUUUGAAAAUACACGAAAAGAAAUGGGAUUUUUACGGACUUUGAUCCAACAUCUGGAUACAAGUUUCAUGGAAGGUGUCGUCUGA